GGCAGGCACACCUGUUUCCUGGGCUCCGCUGGACAGACGGGGCGGACGGCGGAGGGAAGGCUGUCUGCCCGCUGACUCGCCUCUUUCUCUUUCUCCUUCUCUCUUUGCAGGCCGAGAAGAAGCGCCCUUCGGAGAGGAGAAGCCCCCGCACCGCCCCGCUUGGCUCCCUGGCCCCAAAGGAAAGGCAUUCCCACGUUUCCCUGGGACUCGGUUCGCCUGCUUUGGGGCAAAACAGGGAUUCCGCCCCUGGUCGGCCCCGAAGGAGGAGGAGAAGGGCUUUCUGGAGAGACAAGGAGCCAUCCUCUGAUCUGCCGAGAAGGAGGAGAAGAAAGGCUUUCUGGAAGGAGAAGGAUCCUGCACCUGAUCUAGUGCCCAUAAAAAAGGAAGGAAGGGCUGUCUGGAAAGAGAGAGACUCAGGGCUGUCCAUCAAAAGGAAAAGAAGGGCUUUCUGGAGAGAGAACGAUCCAGAUCUUGGACUAUCUAUAAAAGGAGAAGAAAGGCUUUCUAGAGAGAGAAGGAUCCAGAUCUUGGACUAUCUAUAACAGGAGAGGAAGGGCUUUCUAGAGAGAGAAGGAUCCAGAUCGUGGACUAUCUAUAACAGGAGAAGAAGGGCUUUCUAGAGAGAGAAGGAUCCAGAUCUUGGACUAUCUAUAACAGGAGAGGAAGGGCUUUCUAGAGAGAGAAGGAUCCAGAUCUUGGACUAUCUAUAACAGGAGAAGAAGGGCUUUCUAGAGAGAGAAGGAUCCAGAUCUUGGACUAUCUAUAACAGGAGAGGAAGGGCUUUUUAGAGAGAGAAGGAUCCAGAUCUUGGACUAUCUAUAACAGGAGAAGAAGGGCUUUCUAGAGAAGGAGAGAUCCUGACUCUGGGUUGCCCAUAAAAAGGAAAAGGAGGGCUUUCUAGAGAGAGAAGGAUCUAGACUGUACAAAAAGGAGAAGGGCUUUCUAGAGAAGAAAGAUUUUGCACCUGUUCUGCCCACAAAAAGGGAAGGAAGGGCUUCCAGAUCUUGAGAAACAUCCAGAUUUUGGACUAUUUAUAAAAAGGAGAAGAAGGGCUUUCUGGAGAGAGAAGAAUGUUGCACCUGGUCGGCCAGUAAAAAGGGAAGGACAGGCUUUCUGGAGAGAGAAGCAUCCAGAUUGUGGACUGUCCACAAAAAAGGGAAAUAAGGGCUUUCUAGAAAGAGAAGGCUCCAGAUCCUGGACUUUCUAUAAAAAGAAGAACGGUUUUCUGGAGAGAGAAAGAUCUGGACUCUUGGCUGGCCAUAAAAAAGGGUAGGAAGGGCUUUCUGGAGAGAGAAGAAUCCAGAUCCUGGAUUGUCUAUAAAAAGGAGAAGAAGGGCUUUCUGGAGGGAGAUGCAUCCUGUACCUGAUCUGCCCAUAAAAAGGGAAGGAAGGGCUUCCAGAUCUUGAGAAGCAUCCAGAUCUUGGACUCUAUAAAAAGGAGAAGAAGGGCUUUUUGGAAUGAGAGAGAGAUCCUGACUCUUGGUUGCCCAUAAAAAGGAAAAGCAGAGCUUUCUGGAGAGAGAAGCAUCUAGGUCUUAGAGAAGGAGAAGAAGGACUUUCUGGAAAGACAACCAUCCAGAUCUUGGAGAAGGAGGAGAAGAAGGGCUUUCUGGAGAGAGAUUUUGGAGAAGGUGAAGAAGGGCUUUCUGGAGAGAGAGAGAGAGAGAGAGAGAGAGACUGACUGGGCUUUCUGUAAAAAGGGAAAGGAGGGCUUUCUGGAGAGAGAAGCAUCUAGAUCUCAGAGAAGGAGAAGAAGGGCUUUCUGGAGAGAGAAGCAUCCAGAUCUUGGAGAAAGAUGUGAAGAAGGGUUUCUGGAGAGAUAUCUUGGAGAAGGAGAAGAAGGGCUUUCUGGAGUGAGAUCUUGGAGAAGGAGAAGAAGGGCUUUCUGGAGUGAAAUCUUGGAGAAGGAGAAGAAGGGCUUUCUGGAGUGAGAUCUUGGAGAAGGAGAAGAAGGGCUUUCUGGAGUGAGAUUUUGGAGAAGGAGAAGAAGGGCUUUCUGGAGUGAGAUCUUGGAGAAGGAGAAGAAGGGCUUUCUGGAGUGAGAUCUUAGAGAAGGAGAAGAAGGGCUUUCUGGAGUGAGAUCUUGGAGAAGAAGGGCUUUCUGGAGCAAGAACCAUCCAGAGGAGAAAAAAGGCUUUCUGGAGUGAGAUCUUGGAGAAGGAGAAGGAGGGCUUUCUGGAGUGAGAUCUUGGAGAAGGAGAAGAAGGGCUUUUUGAAGAGAGAGAGAGAGACCUUGACUGGGCUGUCGGUGAAAAGGAAAAGGAGGGCUUUCUGGACAGAGAAGUGUCCAUCUUCUGAUCUAUCAACGAAAAGGAGAAGUGGGGCUUUCUGGAGAGAGAGAAGACUCCUCUACCCGUGCUCUGCCCGUGUCCUGCUCCUUCAGCCCAGCCCAAGCUUCCCUCGGAGGAGACCCAGAGGUGUGUCCUGCCAGUCCUCCUGGGAGAGGACGGGGCUCCUGGCCCGGCAUGAACCCGGUGGGCGACCCCGCAAUCAUCCGCUGGCCGGAGCCCUCCUGGAGCGAAGAGGAGCCUCCUGGGCCAGUGGUGCACAAGUUAUCCCAUCCGGUGGUCCGGAUCCACCCGCCGAUGGGCAUCGUCUUCACCACGCUGCUGUACUGCGGGGAGUUGGCCUCGGCCUGUGUGGUGAGCAUGGCUUACAGCCGCUCGGAGGACCUCUUCUGGCUCUCCCUGACGCUGGUCCUGAUGCUGGUGCCCUGCGUCAUGGACCAGCUCACCCUCGUCUUCGUCCACCGGGACCUGACCAGCGACAAGCCCUUCGUGCUCUUCAUGCACCUGCUGCUCCUGGGGCCCCUCAUCAGAUGCUUGGAGGCCAUCGUGGUCUUCUACCAGUUGGGUCAUGAGGAAGAACCCUACGUCACCAUCACCCGCAAGAAGCAUAUUCACAAGGACUCCGAGUUUGAGCUGGAGCAAGAAGUGGGGCACACGGUGCGCAGGCUGGCCACCCAUCGCAACGCCUUCAAGCGCAUGGCCGUCAUCCAGGCCUUCCUGGGCUCCACCCCACAGCUCACCCUGCAGCUGUACGUCAGCGUCGUGGAGCAGUACAUCCCCACCAGCCGAGCAGUCCUCAUGUGCAUCUGUUUGCUGUCGGUCACCUACGGAGCCUUGGUCUGCAACGUCCUGGCCAUCCAGAUCAAGUACGACGACUACAAGAUCUGCCUGCGCCCACUGGCCUUCAUCUGCAUCCUCCUCUGGCGCAGCUUGGAAAUCUCCACCCGCAUCACCAUCUUGGUUUUCUUUGGGAGCGUCUUCAAGCAGUCCGCCAUGGCUGUCGGUGGCGCCAACUUCCUGCUGUUUUUCUUCCUGCCAUGGGUCCAGUUUUGGAGGAGCAGGGGCCAGCUUCCCGACAGCGUGGAGAAGAAUUUCAGCAAAGUGGGCACGAUCUCGGUCCUGUGCUCCAUCACUUUGCUGUACGCGGGCAUCAACGUCUUCUGUUGGUCCGCAGUGCAGCUCAGGUUGGCUGACCGAGACUUGAUUGCCAAGUCCCAAAAUUGGGGGUGCUUGGUUUUGUACUAUGUCUUUCGGGGAGUGGAGAACAUUGUGCUGAUCGUCUGCUGGUACUUUUUCAAGACGGAGGUCUAUGACUAUAUCUGCACCCCAAUGUUAGUGUUGCAGCUCAUGGUGGCCUACUGCACCUCCAUCACCUUCAUGCUCCUCUUCAUGGAGUACCUCCACCCCUGCCGCAGCCUCUUUAGGCACAACAUCUCUGACUUCUUGCACUGCGUUUGCUGCAAGUGGGAAGCCACACCAGUGCACUUGGAGCCCCCUUUUGAACCGGGUGUAAGACACAGUGUUGUCUGAUGGAAGAGAUCUGGAACCAACGACAAACCAAUUUGCCAGUGCAAGCAGGAUGUGCCCACCUACCUUGCCUAAACUUCAACUGGAGGAGAGGCUGUAAUUUUAAGGUGCUAUGAUCCAUGUGCAGGCGGUACGGUGACAGCGGUGGCCAGAAUCAGCCAUCUGGAGCAUCAUCUGGACCAGUGGCACAAAACAGGAUGGAUCUCCCUGCAUAGCCAGGAGCAACCAACCAUGGUAUACCCACACAGCUGGGCAAACAAAGGUUUGGGAUGUGACUUUCGCCGGUAGGCUGUCACUUGAAGAGACUGCGUCGUCCGAUGGAAUGGUUGUCUCAGUGGCAUCUGUGUGUAAAUGGCCUCUUUGGAUGGAAUUUCAGCUAGUUUGAAAGUCAAACCUAACUGACUUGCAGGGGAGAUGUUCUGGUGGACAUAAAACUACUCCUAACACAGAGUAUCCUUGUCACUCAACAGGCUUCCUGAGGUUACAUACGGUUGUAUCCUAAUAUGUUAACGGGGUCUGGACACACCUUUGAAGUGUUAGUUGUAACUUCUAAAAUGUGUCUUCGUUUAUUGUAUUUAUUUAUUUUGUUGACCAGAGAAUGGCCAAUGCUUAAAUCCACAAAGUGUGCCAGGAAACAUUUUAACGGGAUUUGGCUGUAUCUUAACGCUCUUGUUUCUCCUGCGCCAUUUUGGGCAGCCUGGCGCCCAUUCGAGUUGAGAAGCUCAAAGGGCCAAAGAGUUCUGCUCAGGUAGGGAUUGGUAGUAUAGCAAUGGCAAAAGAUCUAGGUGAAUGCAAACCAUUUUUGUGGCCCCAGAAAGCUGACUAUUGGGGUCAGGCUCAUGAAGGAAGAUGCAGCUGAUAGGCCAAAACAAUAGAUAAGGAGUGUCCCACAUUGCAACGCUUUGUUGCACGGCCCAUCUUUCUCAUAUUGGAAGUAGAAUGCUUCAUCCUGGGCCAGAAAUAAAGAGUUUUGCAAUGGCCAGGUAUUUCUGAAAUGUUUAUAUCGCAUCUAUCAUGUGUUCUCUUUUAAUUUGGAAAGAAACCAGUCAAUGGAACGGUGUGGUUGAUUCUUAAAGUGUGCGAUACAGAAAGGCUACCAACUAGUAAGAUUGGGAAGUAGUCAUCAAAUUUUAAUUUUUGAUUGCUUGCUUAAUUAUAAAGUUUCAGAUGGUUUCUGUGUCCAUUUAGUCAGGUCUGAAGAUGCGCCUGCAAAUGGCGGAGGCUUAUAUCAGGAAGAGGACUCAACUGCAUGUGAAAAUGCAGAAUAUAGCUGGAAUGAACACAUAUAUUGUAUUUAUAAUUGUCCCAAAUCUGCCCCUUUGUGCAUCAAAUGUGAAAACUUCUAUCCAAUACUGAAAGCUGUAUUUUAAAUGUCAUUUUUUUUACCUCAACAUUCAAGAUUGUUUCGUUAGGCAUUGAACAUGGGAUGUUGUAACCUGACAAAUAUGACACAUCAGUGCAUUGCUGUCUAUGAAAUGGUGUUGGGUGCCAAAUGUCAGUGAUGACUUCAGUUGGUGACUACUGCUGCAUGCCAGUCACCAAAAAUCGCUAAAUAUUAAAUACUGUGAAACCUC